AUGCAGCCUCUCGCCGCUCUCGGCAACCUCUGCACCGCCAGCCUUCUCCUGACCAUCGACCUCAUCCACUCUGCGAUACGCGGCGCGCUGCUAUUUGCUGUCGAUCUGAUCGACGUCGCCACCGGCUCUGGCAAGAACACUGGCCGCAAGAAGCUCGGCUGGCACGAGCAGCGGUACGCGACAUCGCCCGUCUUCAGCGACGAGGGCGGCUACGAAGCGCUCGACUCGGCGGCGACGCUCGCCACAUCUACGUUUCCCAUCGGUCCGGAGGAGCUCAUUGCCAAGGCGAAGCGUGUACUGGCCGCCGAGUUUGGCACCAAAGCGGGAGCCGACCCGGCUGCGCUUCUCUCGGACGACUUCCAGUUCGUUGCUCCCAUCGUCGGCCCGCUCUCGCGCGCCGAGUUUGUCCGCGCCUUCGGCUCAUUCAAGCUGAAGGAGGCCUUCCCGGACCUGCGGGACAAGUCCUGGUUUGCAGUUGACCCACUAGAGCCGAACCGCGUCUGGUUCUUCUCGCGUGCGGAGGCGACGCACACGGGCACGCUCCACUUUGGAGGCCGCGCGAUCGCGGCAACGCACAAGGUGGUGAGGUCGCCGCCGCAGGCGCAGAGUCUCCUCUUCGAUCGCGAGGGGAAGGUGUACACGCUGACGGUUGGGUACUGCAUGGACAAGCGGAUCGGCAACACAGAAGGGUUGGGCGGCGUGUUUGCCUAUCUGAAGGCGGUGGGCCAGCCGCUACCCGUCAAGGAGGGGCAGCGGCUGUACACGCCGUCAGUCCGUUUCGAGGCGCUGGAGCGGCUGGGCAAGUGCGCCGAGGCGCUCGGGUACGACCCGGCCACGCGCAAGAGGCUGUGA